UUAAGUAUAAUUGUUGUAUAUGUAAAGGGUGAUUUUUUAAGAGCUUGAUAACUUUUUUAAAAAAAAAAACGCAUAAAAUUUGCAAAAUCUCAUCGGUUCUUUAUUUGAAACGUUAGAUUGGUUCAUGACAUUUACUUUUUGAAGAUAAUUUCAUUUAAAUGUUGACCGCGGCUGCGUCUUAGGUGGUCCAUUCGGAAAGUCCAAUUUUGGGCAACUUUUUCGAGCAUUUCGGCCGGAAUAGCCCGAAUUUCUUCGGAAAUGUUGUCUUCCAAAGCUGGAAUAGUUGCUGGCUUAUUUCUGUAGACUUUAGACUUGACGUAGCCCCACAAAAAAUAGUCUAAAGGCGUUAAAUCGCAUGAUCUUGGUGGCCAACUUACGGGUCCAUUUCUUGAGAUGAAUUGUUCUCCGAAGUUUUCCCUCAAAAUGGCCAUAGAAUCGCGAGCUGUGUGGCAUGUAGCGCCAUCUUGUUGAAACCACAUGUCAACCAAGUUCAGUUCUUCCAUUUUUGGCAACAAAAAGUUUGUUAGCAUCGAACGAUAGCGAUCGCCAUUCACCGUAACGUUGCGUCCAACAGCAUCUUUGAAAAAAUACGGUCCAAUGAUUCCACCAGCGUACAAACCACACCAAACAGUGCAUUUUUCGGGAUGCAUGGGCAGUUCUUGAACGGCUUCUGGUUGCUCUUCACCCCAAAUGCGGCAAUUUUGCUUAUUUACGUAGCCAUUCAACCAGAAAUGAGCCUCAUCGCUGAACAAAAUUUGUCGAUAAAAAAGCGGAUUUUCUGCCAACUUUUUUGGUAAUAAAAUUCAAUGAUUUGCAAGCGUUGCUCGUUAGUAAGUCUAUUCAUGAUGAAAUGUCAAAGCAUACUGAGCAUCUUUCUCUUUGACACCAUGUCUGAAAUCCCACGUGAUCUGUCAAAUACUAAUGCAUGAAAAUCCUAACCUCAAAAAAAUCACCCGUUAUAUAUGUAACAAGUAAAUAUAUAAUGAGAGAAGUGAGAGCGCGAAAUAGUUGUAUUAACUAUUUUUACGUAUAUUUAUGUGUGUUUAUAUGUAUAUUGUUGUUUAAUGUAGUAUGUAUAUGAAGAGAGAAUAUGUAUGGGAAAUGAGAGAGCACAAGGAUGGGUACGAUUGCGGUAUCAUUUAUAUAGCGCGAAUAUAUAUAGCGAGGAAUAUAUGUACAUACCUAAAUCUCUUUAAGCAGUGUAUUAUUUUUUAUUUCUUUUUUCUUCUGCCUUUACUUAGAAUUAUUAGCGAUCCUGCUUUUUGCUUUUUAGCUUAAGGGGUAUCGCUGUAGAAAUUGCAAGUAUAUAAUACUUGACUUAUGUAAAAUAUUAGUUUUGUGGUUUAUUUUGUGGUGUGUUUCGGGACACAGAAUAAGUCUAUAUGCAGGUAUUACUUUUUGUCUUUUGUAUUUAUGUAUGUAUAGCAGUGGUCGGCAAACUUAUACAAUCAAACAAUUUAUUUUGUGAGAGUGUAUGCGCGUUGAGAACUACUCAACUGACCAAGAGUUCUGUUCUACUGGUCCCGGACUUUUUUAGAACUGGGGAAAUAUACCAAUACAGGUUACCUAACCAUAAUUUUUCUAGUGUACGUUAACUUAACACAUACAAUCAAUUGUUUUUACUGCGUAGAAAUGUGUAUGAAAACAUUAUAAAGCAGUCAACUUUAUGUAAAUUACAUUUUUUGCAAAACAAAAAUCGAUAGUUCUACUUCGAGUUAAACACACAAUUAUUAAUUAUAUUACAAACAUUUUAAAUGGCGAAUGAAGUUGGAAAAUUAAUCGUUGUGUUUUUAUGAACUGACUUGCAAAAAUAAUAAAAAAAAAUAAUAAUCUAAAUAGAAAUAUAAUAAUAUAUAUAAAAGCAUUGUCUUUUGUGUUUAUACAUGCGUGCGUACCAUCCACCAUACGUCCUGCUCGCUGUGAAGCAAAGAUAAUAUGAUACGAAACUCUUCUCUUUUGCUUGUUGAGAGAGCCCAUGAACUCAUUUUUGAUGUUGGCAACAAAGCCAGAUCAUGGGCUACUGAACAGCUGGUAGACAAUAAGGCGACUUGCCAGAGAAAAUCCCGCCAAUAAUUACGAACGAAAUCAGUGCGUUAUUUUUCAUUAUAAGUGCAAAAGUUAAAUUUCAACACUGAAAACGACGUAAAACCCCAUUAAUAUUACAAAUUCAGUUGAAAAAAUGCCAAAAACAAAAAAUCGAUGUGUUGUUGGAUGCGUAGAUGCGCGACGGUUUUUUAAUUUUCCAUGCAAGGAGAAGGAUGAAUCCAGGUCAGUUAAUUUAUUAUAAUUUGUAGUGAAAAAUGUGUAAAUUUAUAUAUUUGUAACAUGUAGAUUUAAUUCUAACGAAUUAGUGAUUAUAUAUAGUUUACACGCAAUAUAUUGCAUGAUAAAAAAUAUACCAUGUAAAUGUAAAUGUUUUUAUUUAUUAUACUAAUAUUAUUUAGUAGAUAGUAUAUUUUAUUAUUAUGUAAAGCUUAGAAAUGCUUUAUGGUGAAUGUUUCCAUUUUUAUAGUUUUAUUCUAAUAUAAAUUAGUGGACUUAGAAUUUAUUGAUGAGUUGUUCAUAUUUUUUAUAAUUUUGCAACUUAUUGCUAAAUAACAAAUUAUGUAUGUUAAUUUUAAUUUUGUUACAAUAUUUAAGUAUGGACCAAAGUCCACAAAAAACAAUAGAGUAUUAUAAAUAUAAUCAGAGUAGAAUAGUUUUUAGUAAGUAGUAAUAAAUGUUGAGGUACUUUAAUGCGUUGCAAUUUAUUAUAUUUAUUUUCGGCUAAAUUGGAUACGUAGUCGUUUUUAGUUCGUUAUUUUUAAAUAUAGUAUGAUAAGUAAAUAUAUUAAGGUGUAGGGAAUAUUUGUUUUCUUGUAUAAUUUUAUUAGACAUUCAGUUUGGCUUCAGCGAUUGGGCGUAGGAGAAAAAAAUACCAAUAAGUAUUUAUAUGCUUGCGACCGCCACUUCUCCGGCAAAUUAAAAUUAAAAAAAAAACUGUCGCCAACUGCGGUUCCCGACAUUAAUUUGCCUCCUACUCCCAGUUUUCAGGUAGAUUUAGAGAUUUUCCCAAAUAUUGUCGAGAAUCCCUCUGAUUCAAGCGACCUUUUAUUACUAGCUUCUGCAGCUGAAGGUGCACAGGCACAUGAAAUAGGAGUUUUGAACAAUUUCCCCAUGGGCAGUAGUUGUGUAGAUAGAGGAUCUCAAACGAAUUUUAGUUUGACAUCCAUCGUAAAAAGUAAUUCAAAAUAUAUGGAGGAAAAUUUAAGUUUGAGGGCUCAAUUGGAAGAAAAAGACCAGGAGAUUAGCUAUUUAAAGUAUCAAUUGGUAGAAGUGUCAUCAAAAGUUAAGUCUUUAGAGAGGGAUAUUAAAACUUUGAGAAAGGAUUGUGAUAGGGAUUUAGAUAGAGAUUUUCCUCCACAAAUAAAAAGUAUUAUAAAAAACAGCUUGUUAAAUUGCACCCGUCAACCAAAAGGUCGUAGAUACGACAAUUAUUUUAAAACGUUGGCUUUAGGUGUAUACUUUCUUUCUCCUUUAGCAUAUAGACACCUAAAGCCUCUUCUUAGAUUUCCGGAAGAGAGAACACUUGACGAGUUCGUUUCCGAAUGGCCCCGAGACCCCGGUUGUAGUAAUAGUUCUUUGAAAUGUUUAGAGUUAAGAAGCCGGGGUUUCACUCAGGAGCAAAAGUUCGUGUCAAUUUUGUGUGACGAAAUGGCACUUAAGAGUCAUUUUCAAUACGUCCCUAAAUUUGAUAAAAUAGUAGGAGUUGAAGAUUACGGCGAUGAAAAUCGUACGUCUAGGAUAGGCAAUAGUGCAAUGACUCUUAUGGUUCAAGGUAUUGGUGGAAUACCUUGGUCACAUCCACUUUCUUAUUUUAUUGUCCAUGGGUCAUGUAAAGGGGAUGUUGCCAAAAAAUAUAUAUUUGAGGCCAUCACCCAAUUACAAAAUAUUGGUCUUAUACCUUGCCAUUUUGUUUCAGAUCAGGGAUCUAACUUUUUGUAUUUGUCCAGAAUUUUAGGAGUAUCAGAAGAGCGCCCAUAUUUCCAGGUAAAUGGCAAGGAUAUAUUCUUUUUUUUUUGAUAGUCCCCACCUUUUAAAGAGUACCAGGAAUUGUUUAGAAAAUUCGAAGAACAGAGUCAGUUAUAAAUCGCGUCCGGUGAGUUGGGAAGAUAUCAUUCAUUUCUAUCACAAAGAUUCGCAAAAUCCCGUGAGAUGCGCCCCGAAAUUAACUGAAGCACAUAUGUUUCCGAACAAUUUCCAAAAGAUGAGCGUGAAGCUAGCCUCCCAGGUUAUGAGUGACACCGUAGCUUCGGGUAUGCUCGCUUCAUAUAGCUCUGGUCUUCUGUCCUGUCCUGACGCUAGGUUUUUGAAUACAUCU